AUGGGUCCAGGAAGUCGUAUCAUGUUGUCUCCCGCAAGUAGUGAGGGCGAUGGUCAGGACGAAAUGACGAGACUAAGGCAUGCUCUCCAACAUGCUAGGCAUAGUCCGAGAAAGGUACAGCUUCCCUGUAUUUUUUGUUUUGCUGUGUUUCUAUGUAUGGAUUCCAAUUUGUCUACUGUUUCAUGUGAUUCUUUUGAGGCCGGUUCGAUAUUACGUCGCAGUGAAUCCAUUGAACGGCGGUGGCGCAGCAUAAGCGUCUCGUCUCCUGAAAGACCCAGUCUCUCAUCGGGAUCGGGAACAAUCCCAAUUAAUCCAGAAAUUGAUGCAAAAAGAUCAUCCUUGCGCGAAGUCGAUCUUGCACGCGGUGAACAGCGUUUGAGAGCGUGGCUCGAUCCUCUUCAUCAACGUAUUAAGGAGACGAACUCGAAAUUAGAGAAGGAGCACGCGAGCCCUCCGAUUAAGAUAGGUUUCUCAUCUGUGGAAGCGCUUCAAGCCGCCAUGAGCUAUUUGGUAAGCCGUGUUUCGGAGCUUGCUGCCGAUAAGUUCAUGAUGGACUACUGUUGGAACAGUGGCGGGAAAGAGCCAGUACAAGAGAAAAUGUCUUCUGGUCGAAGUGCUCGUCGGCCGUGGGGAGAGCAUCUGCCUACAGACGCAGUGCUAGUCUUUUCACUCUUCUCGGCUUAUAUGGACAGCCAAUUGACGUCAAAUCCGCUGUCGGCCGUUCAUGCGAGGUUGGCGCAGCCAUUCUCGGCGCUAUACACGCUGAAAGCCCCUCAAGGCCAAAUCCCUUGCAUUUCGCCUCCUCAUUUUGAUUUCGUUUUCAAUGACGCAGAUGGAUCACCGUCACGUGCUGCCAUUCCUAGGGGAGCCAGAAACUUGUUUUCUGCAAUUUUGUCUUUCGUCAAUCAUGUUAAGAUCAACAACGGUGGACGUCUAGAUCGAAUGAACAUCGGCCCAACAGGCUUGAAUAUCGCAUGUAUUUUGGAGUGA